GCGGGGCCUAAGGCGGGGCCUAAGGCUCAGCCCUCUCCUGGGAUCUCGCUGGAAGGAGGAGCCUGGUGGGCAGAGAAGAGCUUCCCGAGUCUAAAAUGGAUUUUAGAAUCGAACACACGUGGGAUGGUUUCCCAGUGGAGCAUGAGCCCGUGUCUGUGGGGCUGGAGCCCGGGGACGGAGGAGUGCUGUUGAAGGUCAGCGCUCCGUUUUUCAAUGAUCCUCCGGCCCCACCCGGAGAGCCCGGGAAGCCUUUCAGCAGACUGUGGGAUUAUGAAGUUGUGGAAGCAUUUUUCUUGAAUGACAUUACGGAACAAUAUUUAGAAGUUGAACUUUGCCCCCAUGGACAGCAUUUGGUGCUUCUAUUAUCUGGAAGAAGAAACAUGUGGAAACAAGAACUUGCUCUACCAUUCAAAGCGUCCAGAGGAGAGACCAAAUGGGAGGGCAGAGCUUGUGUUCCUUGGAGUUAUUUUCCACCAAAUGUGACAAAAUUCAAUUCAUUUGCAAUUCAUGGGUCAAAAGAUAAAAGAAGCUAUGAAGCCCUUUACCCUGUGCCUCGGUGUGAACUGCAACCUGGACAAAAGCCUGACUUCCAUCGUCUGGAAUACUUCAAGCCUUUCAGUUUUAACACACUGUUUGGAGAAGAAUGGGAACAACCAGAAUCUGACCUGUGGCUAACGGAGAAACCUGAUUUAUAGGAGUAUAGUAGAUGACCACAUCAAUCACUUCUGUAUACCUUUUUAAGGUAAAUCAAUAGCAAGCAUAAUCUCUUUCAAGAUGCUCUGAAAGUAUUUCAACAAUAAAUGUUUUCAUAAAGGUCAAUGACAGUAUAGUAUCUCUCUGGAAAAUGGUGCAUAAAUUAACAGGAAAAUGGAAAGUGUGUCGAUGAUUGUAUCUACAAAGUUAACAUUUUUCUCCAAGGUGUUUAGCCAGGAGCCCUCGUGUUAGUGAGUUCUGCCCUCUGCUUUGUAUCACCCAGGUGUCCCUGACUCUGCCACUCAGAUCAUUUCUUCUCCUCGCGCUUCCCUGGACCUCAGCCAGCCUGAGACAGGAACAUCUUACCGCAUAUUCUUGAACGCCAUGUAAUAUAUAUUAAUUCCUUACUCAGAAUCCUUUGUCCAUUCUGGAAAUGAGUAGAAAACAGUUACCUGUUUCAGUUCAACAGAAAAUCCACAUCUGUAAAGGCAUCGUUAAGAUACCUGUGCUAUUUAAUGAGCUGUUUUUCCUGUUUUGUGACUAUUUUUACUCUGUAGAAGGAAUGGAAUUUGGGUAGCAGCUUCUGCUUUUAUUAUAAAGAAAUGCCAUUCUCUUAAUGCUAUUAAACAAUGUGUGGGACAUACUCAUUUUUUUUUUUUUUUGCAAACAGCAAAUAGCCUGGUGUACAGUUUUCAAAUGUUCAGUUAUAUUUCAGAGCUUGAAGCCAUCUAGUAGCUCAUGUAUGGACCUCUCCACCAAACCUGAUGCUUCUCAUGACUCAGAGGAUAGCAGUUUUGCAGAAAAACCUUCAUGACUGGUACAGAUACCCAGGCGCCUACCCAAGAUAUACUUUCAACUCUUCUUUAUUAAUAGAACUUUAAUUUUUAAGGGCUCUUGUUAAAAACCGCAUUUUCCCAGAUGCCUUUGCAGAUAGAAAUGACCGUAUAAAACGGUUCACGUCAGUGAGAUAUAAGCAUUAUUUAUAGUGUUUGGUGGGGCUUGAAGAAAAGAUGCUGUAAAGGUGAAAGACACAGCCGCCGUACACCCUUUGUCCUGUGCCUUCCCCCUUCCUUUUUCCUGAAUUGCAGAGUGAAUUCCUCAGGUAACCCACUAGUGACAGUGGUCAGUGCGGAGCCACCUAAGGAAGAGCUGAGUGGAAAGACGAAGGAGCCUGGGUUCCAAACAGCUCAGCAGAGGAGCAGUCUGCCUGCACUGCCCACCCGUCCUGGGGAGAAGGGGGCGCCUGAGUUGUUUCCCCAGAGUGAUCUGUAGAUUCAGUGCAAUCCCAGGAAGAAAAUCCUAGAAGGUUUUUGGGGGUGGAAAUUAACAUUUUCAAUGGCUAUGGAAAAAUAUAAUUAAAAAUAUGUAAAAGAAAUGGAAAAGACCUUAGCCAAAACAAUUUUGAAAGACAAUAAAGUCGGAGGACUUGUACUGCCUGAAUCAAGACCGUUACUAAGCUUCAGCAGAGGAGACAGUAUGUCCUCGGCAUAGAUUUAGACAAAUAAGUUGUAUGUCAGUAGAACAGAAAAAGGAAACCAGAAAGAGAACUAUACAGAGUCCAUUGACUUUGACAAGGGAACCAAGGUAUUGAAAAGGGAAAGGUUUCUUCUUUCAACAAACUGGAAAAACAUAAAAUACUAUGAACCUGGACCUCUAUCUAACAUCCUACAGAAGAAUGGACCUAACUGUGAUUGGUGAAAUAAAAAAUUUCAGAAGCAAGCCUUAACAAUCUGAAGGAGACAGAUUCUAAAUUUCAAGUAGAACAUAAAAAGCACUCGCUGAAACAGAAAAAAAAAAUAAGUUGGGCUUCAUCAAAAUGAAAAGAUUUUCCUUAUCAAAAGCCUUCAGUAAAUAUGUGAAAAAAGAAGUCACAGAUUGGGAUACAAUAUUCAAAAUGCAGAGUAUCUGACAGAGGACUCUUACUGAGAAUAUAUAUGAAGAACUGAAAAUCAGUAAUAGUGGGACAAACCACAAACUGCUUUUUGCUCUUAAGGAACAAAAAACAGAUACUUGGCAGAAGAUGAUAUACAAAAGGCCAAUAAAUAUGUAGAAAGGUUCCAACCUCACUUAUCAUCAAAGAAAUAUGAAUUAAAACCACAACGAGGUAUCACUGAAAGACUAAAAUUACAAAACACCCUCAAUGGCCAACCCUAACUGGCUGAAAUUGAAAAAAAAAAAAACCAAAAACAUUGAGAAUGCCAACUAUUGAUGGGAAUGUGGAGUAACCAGAAUUUCCCCAACUAUGGGUAGGAAUGCAAAAUGGUAGGACCACUCGGGAACUACUUGGCAAUUUCUAGUUAAGUUAAAUACAUACCUAACCCUAUGAUUUAGCAUUUCAUUCUUAGAUAUAUACUCAAGAGAAAUGAAUGUUCAUAGCAGUUUUAUUCAUAACAGCACCAAACUGUAAACAAUCAAAUUUCCAUCCACAGGAGAAUGGAUAAUCUCAUACAGCAGACAGUGGAAUACUUCUCAUAAAGAAGAAUGGUGUAUUAAUAUGUGCAACACGCUAGAUGAAUCUCAAAAGCAUUAUGCUGAGAAAAAGACCUGGACACAGCAUACUGUAUAAUUAUUUUUAUAUGAAGACCAAUUAUAGGCAAAACCAGCCUAUCCUGAGUCAGAACCACACCUGCUCAGGGUAGGGGAGGAGAUUCUAAGAAUCCUGGAAAGGGGCAGGAGGGAAUUUCCUGGGGUGGUUGAAAUGUUUUGUAUUUUGAUCUGGAUGAUGGUAUAUAUCUGCAUACAUUUGUCAACAUUCCUUAAGGUGUAUAUAUUUUAAGAUGUGUGAUUUUACUACAUGUAAAAUAUACCUUU